CACUGAACCAUCUCGAAGAACAGCUAUGGCUGGCACCAACUCAAAUGAAUCCAUAAAACUGCAACUUGCUGAGAUGAAGUCAUAUUUGAAAGAAAAACAUCUCCAAGAUGCAUUAGCUAAUGCUUAUAAAGAGUUGAAAUUGUUAAAGAACACGACACUUGAUAUUGCUUUCACAGGGGCUUCAGGAACCGGUAAAUCAUCCCUUGUGAAUGCCUUUCGGAACGUCUCAGAUUAUGAAGAAGGUGCAGCUAAAAUUGGGGUGACACAAACCACCAUGGAUCCAGAGAGAUAUCCCCAUCCUAAAUUCCCAGAACUAACCUUAUGGGAUCUACCAGGAAUUGGGACACGUGCAUUUAAACCAAGGGAAUACCUAGAGAAGGUAAAUUUUCGCAAGUAUGACUUCUUCAUCAUUGUUGCCUCAGAACGCUUCACAAUGAAUGAUGCAAUGCUGGCCUCAGAAAUUCAAAAGAUGAAUAAGCGGUUUUACUUUGUUCGCAACAAAGUGAAUCAGGCUAUGGAUGCUGAGAGAAGGAAGCCGAACUUUAGUGAGGCACAGACCCUGGCAGAGAUUCGUAAAUACUGCCUUUCCAAUUUGAGAGAAGAAGGAGCGGUCGAUCCAAGGGUUUUUCUCAUAUCCAGCUGGCAUUUGAAUAUGUUCGAUUUCCCUCUCCUGCAGAAGACCCUAGCAGGUGACCUGAAUGAUCUCAAGAGGCCUCUUCUAAUCAUGGCAAUGCCAGCUUUCUCAAGAGAACAACUGGAAGAGAAAAGGGCUGCUAUGGAGGCCCUCAUCUGGAAAAGAGCCCUUUUGUCUUGUGGCAUUGGGGUGAUUCCUAUCCCAGGUCUCUCUCUUAUUUUUGAUAUUGCCCUCUUGGUGAGCACAAUGAAAGAGUUCUGCAGGAACUUUGGCUUAGAUGAAGAGUCCCUCUGUAACCUCGCCAAGAGGGUUGGCAAACCUGUCGACGUACUGAAAUCUGCUAUCAAAAAGACUCCGAUGGCCAACCAGAUCAACCCGGAAUUUGUGAAUUCUCUCACAACCAAGUCCCUGCUGUGCAGCUCUGCAAUGGUGCUGGAAGAAUUUGCCGAUUUCAUACCUGUCUUAGGCUCUCUAAUUGGUGGAGUUAGUUCUUUUUCCACCACAUUUUACAUGCUGAAGGGCUUCCUACAAGAUGCAGUGGAAGAUGCUGAGAGCGUUCUGGCAAAAGUUGCUGAGUAAAGUUCCUGCAAAAGCGUCUGUAAUUAACCUUCAUUCCCCUGUGACCUGAGCAAAGAAAAUAUGCACUUUUUAGAGCAAAUAAUAGUUUUUUCACCACCUGCUACGGAAGGCCUACCUACUCUGAUGUUUACAUCAGUGGUGGAUGGCUGUACAAAUAGCGCUGGAAGAGAUAUCAGAUUUUAUCCCUGUCUUGGACUCUCUAGGUGGUGGAGUGAAUUCUUUUGGCUUGCUGAAGGGCUUACUAGAAGAUGCAGUGGAAGAUGCGGAGAGUGUUCUUGCAAAAGUUGCCGAGUAAAGAUCCUGCUGAGAAGUCCCAAGAAGGGACCCUUCUGAAAAGAUUCUCCAGUUAAACUUCAUUCUCAUGUGGCUUGCAAACAAAAUACAGGUUCUUUAGACCAAAUAAUAUCCUUCACCUCCUUCUGGGGAAGGCCUACCCACACUUGUUAAACUCUUGAACAGCGCUGCCUGAUCUGACCUGAGUCAAAGAGUAGUCUUGUACCUUUAACGGAAGUAGGUUUUCACUGGUCUUUGUUGCUCAUUGUACUAGAGCAGUGUUUGUUUAUAUGCAUUCCUUAAAGGUACUAGAGUCCUCUCAAAAGAUGAGUUUGUCCACUCAUUCAGAAAAAUGCAGAUUUAGGGGGUUUUUUGGGGGGGACACAGGAGUCUUAGCUUCAUGAUUAUGCUGUUGUGUUGUUUUUAGGAUAUUGUUUUUAACGCUCAUUAACAAUUGGAAUCUGUUUUAAUCAGUUGCUAAAGCUAACUGUGUUUUGCUUGAAUCCAGUGGCACCUUUAAGACCAACAAAGUUUUAUUCCUGGUAUAAGCUCUUGUGCAUGCA